AUGGAGGAGCGCCGGUCGUCACGGCGUGAAAGAAUUAUAGUUGGUUUUAUUAUACCGAAAAAAGACACGGCUGAAGAGGAAGACUCUGGCACAGAGGAGGAAAAUGACGGGCCGGAGCCGGAAUUGUUAGACAUGACAGAGAUGAAUAAUUUGACUUUCGGUGGGCAGAUGAUAAAAGCCUCAUCCAUUGCAAGCACGGAAGUGAAUUUCCACGACUCGUCCAAGUGCAAGUCCAUCGGGCCGAAUUGUGGAGGACACGUUUACCAGGUGGAGGGCAGGUUCGUGCUCUCCGACCCCUGGUGGGAGGUCACCUGCAGGGUGCGUUGGGUCAGAGGCAAGCGGGUGGUGCAGGGGUACCCGGCGUACAGACUGCGGAGCGAUUUGGGGAAGGACGGGCGGUCUGUGGUGGCCCUGUUCCUGAGGGCAUGCGGAGCGCCGGAUGAGCACCGCAUGGAGUUCAUGCAGUGGCUGCCAAAGGAGCAGAGUGUGGACUUCACCAACCUGCUGGAGACUCUGACCGACUUCCAGGAGGUAGAAGUACAGUACAAAGCGAUAGGCCUGGAAUUAAAGAAGAACACCACUGACUCCGUGGCUGGGAGAUGCGUGCAGGCAGCUGCUUGUAACCCACUGGUGAUGAGGUACCUGCCCACGCUGUUGCCACGGCAGUUUGCCAGCCUUCUUGAGAUGGGCGUGGAGAAAAAAAGUGGGGCCUCCCCACAGAAGCCCCAGAAAGAAGCGCAAGGGCAGAGACUGGAUGUACUGGGCAAACUGGAGGAGAUUAUCAGGACGGCCGUCUGGAAGCUGGGCUUCAAAUGUAUCAUGACCAGGGAGACGCGGCUCAUCAGGUGUGAGGCGUCGCUGGAGGCAUUGCGUGAGAGCGGCCUUUUCGAGGGAAUCCCCCGGCUGCAGCAGAACGCCCUGCGGGUGUACAGGAAGCUGAAGGACCACUGCCGCACCGGCAGCACCUACAUGGAGAUGAACACCCUGACGGAGGCCAUGGGCAGGAAGGAGAGCAUCUGGGAGGAGGAGACCUGGGAGGCGCUGCACUUCCUGAAGGAGCAGGAAGUGGUGGCGCAAGACCGGCAGCUGGUGGCCCUCAGGAACUUCUACGACUGCGAGGCGGACAUCGCGGAAAACCUGAGCUGCCUGCUGACGGCUGAGCCCUGGCACAUCGACCUGGACGUGAGGGCGGUUCUCCGUGACAUGCAGAGAGAGAAGAGGAGGAACAAGCCCAGCGGCCAGGACCCCGCGGCCCAGGCUGCCGGCGUGAAGCAGCAGCGUGAUUCUGUCCGUGUGGAAGCGGAGCCCGCCCCCCCGCAGCCUGGCCCCUCCUGCGUGGAGCCUGAGCCUGACGACGUGGAGCUGGACCCCGACCAGGUGCGGGCAGCCGAGAUGAUCUGCGCCAACCCGGUGACGGUGAUCAGCGGGAAGGGAGGGUGCGGGAAGACCAUGGUGGUCAGCCUGGUGCUGAGGGCCGCCAUGCUGCAGCAGCGGGCCCGCGAGAGCGAGGAGGUGCGCAGCGCCUGCCGCGAUUUCGAGAACGACAGCGGCGGGUCCCAGAGCUGGGACGUCCCGCCGGGCCCGGCUGGCCACACCAAGCAGCAGGGCGGGUCCAAUGAAAAAGCUCCACCGUCAGAGGAGAGGAUCGACGUCCUGCUAACCGCUCCCACAGGCAGAGCAGCAGGCAUUCUCACCAAGAGGACCAAAUUCCCAGCAUACACGCUGCACCAGGUGCUGUGGAGCUUUAUGAAUGCGAAGAAAGAUGAGAACGGCGCCCCGGAGAAGUGGAAAUUUGCCUCCGUGCGGGUGCUGGUGGUGGACGAGGGGAGCCUGGUGUGUGUGCAGAUCCUCAGCUCCAUCCUCUCCAUGCUGACCGAGUACGCCCGGCUUCAGAAGCUGGUCUUCCUGGGGGAUGUGAGGCAGCUGCCCAGCAUUGCACCUGGCAACACUCUGCACGACCUGUUCCACAGCCUUAGGAGGGUCCGCUGGGCUGUCGAGAUGAAAACCAACCACCGCGCUGAAUCCCAGCUCAUAGUCAAAAACGCAGGGCUAAUCUCGGAGAUGGGGAUGAAGAGGUGGUUCCGACCUCUGGAUUACGACGCCACUGUGGACAUGCGGUCCCCCGUCAUGCCCUCACCUGACAAGCAGUUCAUCCUCGUCCUCCUGCCCUCAGAGGGGACAGACUAUUACUACUCGUACCUGCAGGAAGCGAUCAACCUGCUCCUGAGGUCUGCUCCUGGGCUGCAGGAUGACAGGUCUUCACAGUUCAUUGCAUUCAGAAGGAAGGAGUGUAGCUUGAUCAAUGACCUUUGCUGUAGUCGCUAUUCUGGUCAUACUGUGAGGGACCACAGAAGGAAAUUGCAGUUUUGGCCAAAUGACAAGGUGUGCUGCACGAGAAACGGCUACGUUUCUGACCGGGACAAAGAGAGGGAGCUGGAGAGAGAACGUGAAAACGGCAAUGAUGGUGAAAAGAGGAAGAGUGUCAAAGAGCGACUCUGCAACGGGCACAUCUUCUUUGUCACUGCGGAUUUGACUGAAGAGGUAUCUGGUCGGGUUCGGAGCAAGAAGCGGUACCUGACACUGGAUGACCAGGAGGGAAGAGAGAUCACAGUGCUGUACAGGGAGCUGCAGAGAGAAUGCAAGCUGCGGCACGCCUGGGCCAGGACCAUCCACACCUUCCAGGGUUCGGAGGCAGACACCAUAGUAUAUGUCCUUGGCCACGGCAACAGGCAGACCUGGCAGCACGCAUACACGGCAGUGACGCGGGGACAGAAGCGCGUGUACGUGGUCGCCACGGAGAGCGGAAUGAAGUCGGCCGUCGAGUGGCGGGUCGUCAAACGCCAGACCAGGCUGGCCAGGCUGGUGAGGGAGGCUCUCGCCCAGAGGGGCGUGGAAGGGGAGGAACCUCUGAGUCAAUUCGGUCUCACUCAGCACACGCCCCGUACGCCUCACAGGAGGUUCACGGCCCCGGGCUCCAGCCAGUCCUCCCCUAUGGGCUUUCAAACUCCGAGUCUGUUGAAGAGGGACCGCUCUGCCACGCCCCUGCUGUCGAGGAGACUCGUGGAGGCUCCAGAAGAAUCCCCACUGGCCUGCUCUCGUCUGCGGCAACUGUCUCUGGACCGGCCCAGCUAUACCGGGAGGCAGCUCUUCCAGACCAACCCCAAGAAUGAGAGCAAUGAGAAGCCCUGCCCACUGCAGGAGAGAGCUCCUCCGGGGUCAGACCUGCACAGAUGA